AUGGAUAAGAUUUCCUUUUUUGGUGCUCUGUUCGGGGCCCAGGUUGGUACCGAAUGUGACUUCAUGGGAUUGAGACAUGGUCCAAUGAGAACUGGUCCGUCCAGUACCUCCAUCUGUUCCGAUCAGCUGUUUAUGCUGGUUACGGGCUGGUUGAAGGGAUAUUCAGGCCGCAAGGCAGCAACUACCGAUAUGGACCUACCACGUGAUCGGCAUUGA